GGAGUUCGGGACCGAGGUGGGAGACUGACGUUGAACCGAGUCGAACUAGACCCAUACUGUCAACGGGACUUUUCUGUCAUAUCAAAGAAGCCGCGGGAGGCCUUUAUGCGUUUAAUUUAAUUUAAUAUUUUACAUUUUAGAUAUAGCAAGACGGAACAGUAUAGCUAGCUAUAAUAAAAGACAUUGGUACCGGGCCGGGCUCUGGGCCAGUGCUUGCUGUUCUGUGUCCAGAACCGGACCGCACCGGUACCAAAUUAGCCAGUGACAACACAACGAAUAUUUAGGAAAAGUCGAACCGGACCUUGAAGUUUGGAUGGUGGAGACGGCAGCUGGGUGACUGGACCUCGGAACCCUCCUUCUAAAUAUUGCUGUAUAGCUGUCCAGGUCCUCUUUCACCCACCCCCUGCAUCUCCCCGGCUCUGUCACCAUGGGUAACCGGGGGAUGGAGGAGCUCAUUCCGCUGGUAAAUAGGCUACAAGACGCCUUCAGCACCAUCGGCCAGAGCUGCAACCUUGACCUGCCACAGAUCGCCGUUGUUGGCGGACAAAGCGCAGGAAAGAGCUCAGUUUUGGAGAACUUCGUGGGCAGGGACUUCCUGCCCAGAGGAUCUGGGAUUGUCACCCGAAGACCCCUUGUCCUGCAGCUCAUCAGCUCCAACACAGAAUAUGCAGAGUUUCUGCACUGCAAGGGGAAGAAGUUCACAGACUUUGAGGAGGUGCGGCAGGAGAUUGAGGCGGAGACGGACCGCGUCACAGGGGCUAACAAGGGCAUCUCGCCUGUGCCCAUCAACCUGCGCGUCUACUCCCCACACGUGUUGAACCUGACCCUGAUCGACCUGCCUGGGAUCACCAAGGUGCCGGUGGGAGACCAGCCAGCGGACAUUGAGUAUCAGAUCCGAGACAUGAUCAUGCAGUUCAUCUGCCGGGAGAACUGCCUGAUACUUGCUGUCACUCCUGCCAACACCGACUUGGCCAACUCCGACGCCCUCAAACUGGCCAAAGAUGUAGACCCUCAGGGGCAACGCACAAUUGGGGUGAUCACAAAGCUGGACCUGAUGGACGAGGGCACAGACGCCCGGGAUGUGCUGGAGAACAAGCUGCUGCCCUUGCGUAGAGGGUACAUUGGGGUGGUGAAUCGCAGUCAGAAGGAUAUAGAGGGAAAGAAGGACAUUAAAGCUGCCCUGGCAGCUGAGAGGAAGUUCUUCCUGUCCCACCCUGCCUACAGACACAUUGCAGACAGCAUGGGCACGCCACACCUGCAGAAAGUGCUUAAUCAGCAACUGACAAAUCACAUCCGGGACACCCUUCCCGCGUUCCGCAGCAAGCUGCAGACCCAGCUGCUGUCCCUGGAAAAGGAGGCAGAGGAGUAUCGCCACUUCCGCCCAGACGACCCCUCCCGCAAGACCAAGGCCCUGCUGCAGAUGGUGCAACAGUUUUCGGUGGACUUCGAGAAGAGGAUCGAGGGUUCUGGUGAUCAGGUGGACACAGUGGAGCUCUCUGGUGGAGCCAAGAUCAACCGCAUCUUUCAUGAGCGGUUCCCUUUUGAGCUGGUGAAGAUGGAAUUUGAUGAGAAGGAGCUGCGCCGCGAGAUUAGCUACGCCAUCAAGAACAUUCACGGUAUCAGGACAGGGCUGUUCACACCUGAUAUGGCAUUUGAGGCCAUUGUGAAGAAGCAGAUAGUGAAGCUGAAGGAGCCGUGUGUCAAGUGUGUGGACAUGGUCAUCCAGGAGCUCAUCAACACAGUGCGCCAGUGCACCACCAAGUUGGGGACCUUUCCAAGACUGCGGGAGGAGACGGAGAGAAUUGUGACCACGCACAUCCGGGACCGAGAGAGCCGGGCUAAAGACCAGAUUUUGUUGCUAAUUGAGGUCCAGCUCUCCUACAUCAAUACAAACCACGAAGACUUUAUUGGCUUUGCAAAUGCGCAGCAGAGAAGCAGCCAAAUGAGUAAGAAGAGUUCUGCAGGAAACCAGGGUGCAGCACCUCCACCUUCCAGCCAAAUUGUUAUCCGCAAGGGCUGGCUGACCAUCAACAACAUCAGCAUCAUCAAGGGCGGGGCCAAAGAGUACUGGUUUGUGCUGACUGCAGAGAGUCUGUCAUGGUUCAAAGAUGAUGAGGAGAAAGAGAAGAAAUAUAUGCUACCGCUGGACAACCUCAAAGUUCGUGAUGUGGAGAAGAGCUUCAUGUCCAGCAAGCACAUAUUUGCCAUCUUCAACACUGAGCAGAGGAACGUGUACAAGGACUACCGGUACCUAGAGCUGGCCUGUGACACCCAGGAGGAAGUGGACAGCUGGAAGGCAUCUCUGUUGCGUGCUGGGGUGUACCCUGAAAAAGCCUCAGUGGAUGGCGAGAAUACUGGACCCUCGGACAACUUCUCCAUGGACCCGCAGCUGGAGCGGCAGGUGGAGACCAUUCGCAACCUGGUGGAUUCCUACAUGGCCAUCGUCAACAAGUGCAUCCGGGACCUCAUGCCAAAGACCAUCAUGCAUCUCAUGAUCAACAAUGUGAAGGAGUUCAUCAAUGCGGAGCUGCUGGCACAGCUGUACUCCACAGGAGAUCAGAAUGCGUUGAUGGACGAGUCGCAGGAGCAGGCCCAGCGGAGGGACGAGGUCCUGCGCACCUACCACGCCCUGAAGGAAGCCCUGUCCAUCAUCGGAGACAUCGCCACGUCCACCAUCUCCACCCCACUGCCGCCCCCUGUCGACAACUCCUGGCUGCAGGCCGGGCCUGGGAGCUCCCGCAGGUCACCUCCACCGAGUCCCACGGCUCCACGGAGGAUGUCCGGGGGCCCCCGAGCCCCUGCGCGUGGCCCCGCCCCUACAGCUCCCCCUGUGCCAUCCCGCCCAGGCCCCCUCGGACCCUUCAACAACAGUGCUGACGCCUUCCCGCCCCCACAGGUGCCCAGUCGACCCAACCGUGCCCCUCCCAGCAUUCCCAGCCGGCGGCCUCCUCCUUCUCCCACAAGACCCACCAUGAUUCGCCCAGGCGACCCCUCCCUCCUGGACUGAGCACUCUGCUGGGCCAAACCAGGCUCCCCCACAACUAAAGCCCUGCAUGCCCCCCUCCCUGUCCACCCCCAGUGUAGCCACUGUCCCUCUGUGGCCCAGUAUAUAGUAACCCUGUGCAGUGCUUGUGGUGUAUCGCUGUGUCUCUGUGCUGUGCUUUCCUGUGGUACAGGUUUGCAGGGUAGAUCCAGUUCUUUAUACUGGAUUGUGGCCCAUCCAUCUCUCCUAUCACCCCAACCACUGGCAAUCCUCAGUAAUACACAUAUAAAUAGUCUGUUGCCCCUGCACUCCCACCCCUGCCAUGGGCCAGGCUUAGACCCAGUGGUACCAGCCCACCAAUUCCAAACCACAGUAAGACAGACGCUCCCAGUAUUGCAUGCCUGGGAAACUGCCAUGAUCUUUGUACAGUAAACGAAUUCCAGUAUAUUCAGAAUAUUAUCAUAUUGUAUGCUUCAGGGCUAAGGAUUACGUGUCAAUUUCUAUUAGCGAUAAAAGGAUGCGUGUACGAGUAUGUGAGUGUUUGUAUUCGUGUGUUUUGGGCAUUGUUUCCUCUUGUCACUGUCCUUGUUUUUAUGGUCAAUAUAGGUUGUUAUAGCCCAAAUGUAACCAUAAGAGGAAUUUCCUCACUGUGUGUGUGUGUGUGAGUGUGGUAAAAGCAGAAAUAUUCGUACAGGGUUGGAAAUGCUUACAGAGGGAGUUCUGUGUAUCUGCAACUGUCCUUUAUUGCAAUAUGCUUAAAACGAAGAGGGACGGAGGUGUCUAGCCAGGCAGCAUCACUGACCCCCCUGCUGUAACUGUAACCCCAAUCUUAUGCUGUCGUCUCAUGAGAGACCCUCACUCCAAAAAACCUCAGUACAGAAAGCGUGCCAUAGAGCUGUGAGAUUGACUCUGUACUCUGUGCUGAGUCUCUGUUAACCUGCAAGAGCUCAGAGAUAGCUUAGGAAGAUUCCCUGUGUUACUGUCUGUGCGGUGUAUUAAUGGCCUUGCCAAGGUCUCCCUCAGUAGUUUCUCUCUCUCUCUCCUCAUCGGUUUAGCUCAUCACUCCCACACCCCUUUUUCCUCCCUCCCGUCCCCUCAUCAUUCAGAAUAACUCUCCCCAGAGCCCCCUGUGACAUCCCUCCUCCCUGUCCCCGCCCCCUCUCUGUGUCCAGCCUGCUUCUGUGUCUGAGCUCCAGGUCAUUCCAUUGUCUGCAGGCAAAGGGACCCUGUCUGUCAGUUUGACUGUCCGUACCGUCUCUGUCAAUCUGUCUGUCUCCUGAGUCAAUUGCAUUUGACCGUUACUAAGGAGGAUGUAACCCUCUUGUCUGUAGCGUCUCACGGUAGUCCUCAACUCCUCUAUUGCUCUCAGUCUUUCUCGCUUUCUGUCUCUUUCUUGCUCUCAAAUAAAGCUCUGGUAUUUCCAGUCUCCUAAGUCUGGCGUGCUUCUUCUGGGGUCUUUGCUGUCUCUCUGAAAACCACAACUCAACACACUGCCUCUUAGGAAAAGUAAAAGCCACUCUCUCCUAUUUCACACCACAAAAACACAG